UGUGCUGACGGUGCUGAGGGAGAAAGUUGCCUUUGUUUCAGGUGGCAGGGACAAAAGAGGCGGACCUAUCCUUACAUUCCCUGCCAGGACCAAUCACGAUCGAGUUAAACAGGAAGACCUGAGCCGAUUGGUCACUUACCUGUCAACCGUACCCAGUGAGGAGGUGGGGGCGCGGGGCUUCACGGUGGUGGUGGACAUGCGGGGCUCCAAGUGGGAGAGCGUGAAGCCCCUCCUCCGCACGCUGCAGGAGUCCUUCUCCACCCGCAUCGCCUCCGCCCUCCUCAUCAAACCAGACAACUUCUGGCAGAAGCACAAGACCAACCUGGGCAGCGCCAAGCUCAGCUUCGAGACCAGCCUGGUGUCGGUGGAGGGUCUCUCCCGGCUCGUGGACCCCUCCCAGCUGACCUCUGACCUGGGCGGCUCUCUGGAGUACGACCACGUGGAGUGGACAGAGCUGCGCCUGGGCCUGGAGGAGUUCUCCGGGGCGGCGGGCCAGCUGCUGGCCCAGCUAGAGCAGCUGGACACGGGGCUGGCCCGCGUACCCGAGCCCCAGGAUGUAGAGGAGGCCCGCCGGCUUGUUGAGGAACACGGCCGACUCCGUAGCACGGUUGCCACGGCACCCAUCGAUGCACUCGAACGGGAGGGCCGGAGCCUUCUCCAGCGCAUGCGCCUAGGCCCUACUCCCGGAGAGCCGGCCGGGGACGCCGGCGGUAACCAUGGCAGCUGGCUGUCCGGUGGGGCCGACUUCCAGAGCGUGGCCCCCAGGGUCUCCUCGCUGCUGGAGCGCCUGCAGGGGGCCCGGGCGCACUUCCUGCAGAGCUGGAGCGACCGCAAGCUGCACCUGGACCAGUCCCUGCAGCUGCACCUGUACCUGCAGGACGCUGCCAAGAUGUCGGAGUGGAUCGCCCACAGCAAGGAGCUGUUUGUCCAGAGCCUCCAGGACGUGGGCCUGAACCACCAGCACGCCCUCGACCUCCACAGCCAGCACCAGCACUUCACUGCCAACUGCAUGAACGGAAGCGGAAACGUAGACAGCGUGGUCACCGUGGCAACGAGGUUGGCGGAGGGCGGUCACUACGGCGCGGAGCGUAUCGGCGAGGUAUCGUCACGGUUACAGGAGGACUGGAAGGCCCUGACAACGGUGUUGGAGGAGCGGAGCCAAACUCUGGGCCUGGCCACCGCCUUCCACCAGGGGGCAGAGCAGUUUGUCCAGCAGAUCUCAGGGUGGGCGGAGUCAUGUGGGGACAGCUUGUUGCCGUUGGCGAUACCAGAGCUGCAGUCUUCCAUCCAGAAGCACCAGGAGCUCUAUGAGGUCAUGACCUCUGCCUACACCCAGGUCAGUGAGACUGGUAAAGCCCUAUUGGACGUCCUCCAGCGUUGCCCGGCAACCCCAGAGUGUGACGACGCCCAGCCUCAGGCUCCGCCCACUGCCACGCAUGGCAUCAUGGGAGUUCUGCACGACGUCAUGCAGGGUCACCAAGAGGUGGAGGGGGCGUGGCAGCACCGAAAGCUCCGCCUCCAUCAGCGUCUGCAACUCUGUGUGUUCCAACAAGAUGUCAGACAGGUGGAGGACUGGGUGGAGCAACAUGGGGAGGUGUUUCUUAAUAAACAUACCGGCGUUGGCAAGUCGCUCCACCGGGCCAGAGCUCUGCAGAGACGACAUGACGACUUCCAACAAGUAGCACAGAACACCUACACUAAUGCAGAGAAGCUCCUGGAGGCCGCCGGUCAGUUGGCUCGCUCUGGAGACUGUGAGGAGAGGGAGAUCUACCAGGCUGCCGGGGACCUGGAGACACGCAUGCAGGCCUUCAUCCAGCGUGUGGAGCAGAGGAAGCUGCUGCUGGACCUCGCAGUGUCCUUCUACACACACACCAAGGAGCUGUCUGCCUGGAUGGAGGGACUGCAGAAGCAGAUGUCUGCUGAGCUCAGCCUGUGUCCGGACACGGUGGACGCUCUGCAGAGCAUGAUCAACCAGCAGCAGCAGCAGCAGGCUAACACCCAGGAUGCGUUACUCAGUGUUAUCCGAGAGGGAGAGGACCUCAUCCUGCAGCUACGGCCCCAGGGCAGCUCGGUGGCCCACGUGGAGGUGGUGCUGCAGCAGCUGGAGGAGAACCAGGCCCAGCUGGAGGACGGGUUCCACCACAGGAAGCUCCGCCUGGACGUCUUCCUGCAGGUCCGCAUCCUGCAGCAGUGCAGCCUGGAGGUGACCGGGGAGAUGGACGCCUGGAUUCAGGAUCUCCAGAAACAGUCUCAGGACUUUUCUACUGAGAAGUUAGCGCAGAACCGGCUAGCCGAUGCUAACCAGGACCAGCUAGCGCCGACGGCAGACAGCCAGGUCCAGGAUAAGCUAGCGGCCACCCCCUCCAGGCUGCUGGAGGCUAGCCCAGAGGGGCUAACGGGGCUAACGUUAGCCCCGUCCCGGCUGGUGGAGGCUAGCCCAGAGGGGCUAACGUUAGCACAGCAGCGGAUCCACAGGCACAUGGAGCGACGGUUAGCCAUCAACAACAUGACCUUUGAGGUCACUCAACAAGGUCACGACCUUCAGCAGUACAUCACGGAGGUCAUCGCGUCAGGCGUGUCCUUUGGGGGGGACGCUGGGGGGGACCUCUCCUCCCAGGUGGACGAGGCUCUGGUCGUCCUGCAGGAGAAACAGAAGGACCUCCAGCUCAUCUCCGACCACACCCACACACACCUGGAGCAGAGCCUACAGCUCACACACCUGCACACGCAGGUGAAACAGGUGUUGUCAUGGAUAGCUGAAGGUGAGGUGAUGCUGUCCUCCUGUAUGUUGAACUCGAGCUGUUUGGCUGAAGCUGAACAACUACAGAGAGAACAUGAGCACCUCCAGCAGGCCAUAGAGGGUCUCCUGCACGCUGACUCUCUCCAGAGGACACACCAAGUUGCUCUGGCGCUGCAGCAGAGAGCUGAGCUACUGGUCAGGGCGGGGCACUACGACCCCGAGGCGGUGCGGUCCUGUGCCCAGACGGUCGCCCUCCACUGGCAGAGCUUGAUGCUGAGGAUCGAAGACCGGCUGAAGCUGGUCAACGCUUCAGCGGCCUUCUACCGGACCUCCCAGCAGGUGUGCGGCGUGCUGGAGAGCCUGGAGCAGGAGUACCGGCGGGACGAGGACUGGUGUGGGGGCGGGGCCAGGGGGCGGGGCCAGAGCGACCUCAUCCCCCUCAUCAGCAAACACACGGACCAGAAAGAGGCCUUCCUGAAGGCCUGUACUCUGGCCAGGAGGAAUGCGGAGGUCUUCCUGAAGUAUAUUCACCGGAAUAGCGUCACCAUGGCAACCAUAUCUGGCCACAGCCUCACCGUUACCGGGGUAACGGGGGUCAGCGAGGUCACCGGACACUCUAGAGUCCCAGAGCAGCAGGUCAAAGGUAUUCUCAGUGAACUGCUCCAGAGGGAGAACAGAGUUCUUCACUUCUGGACGCUGAAGAAACGCCGUCUGGACCAGUGCCAGCAGUACCUGAUGUUCCAGAACCACACACAGCAGGCGCUGGAUUGGCUGCAACAGUCAGGUGACCACUACCUGGCCACCCACACGUCGCCGGGGGCAACCGUCACUCAGACUCAGGAACUACUGGCCGAGCACCGACAGUUCUGCGUGUCAGCCAAGCGUAUCCAGGAGAAGGUCCACCUGUUGAUCCAGCUGGCUGAGAGCAUGCUGGCUAAAGGCCACGCCCACCGGGCGGAGCUCCGCCGCUGUGUGGCCGGAGUGGACAAGCGUUACCGUGACUUCAGCGGCCGGAUGGGGCAAUACCGCCACCUGUUGGACACGGCCCUGGGGGGCUGCAGCCAGGACAACAAGGACCUGGAGCUGGAUCUGAUCCCCAACAGUCUGUCGGACUCGGACCCCGAGGUGAACCUCAGCGACCCGGACCACCAGAUGAGUGACGAGAAGAGGAGGACAGCCCGCAAGAAAGAGUACAUCAUGGCUGAACUGUUGCAGACGGAGAGAGUUUACGUCAGAGAUCUACAGGAGUGCAUUGAGACCUACCUGUGGGAGAUGACCAGUGGCACCGAUGUUCCGCACGGACUUUCCAACAAAGACGACGUCGUGUUCGGAAACCUCCUGGACAUCCACGAGUUCCACAACAGUAUCUUUCUGAAAGAACUGGAGAACUAUGAACAGCUUCCUGAGGACGUUGGACAUUGCUUCGUCACCUGGGCUGAUAAGUUCCACAUGUACGUGACGUACUGCCGCAACAAGCCGGACUCCAGCCUGCUGGUCCAGCAGCAUGGCUCAACCUUCUUUCAGGAGGUCCAGAGAAGGCAUGGUCUGGCUAACUCCAUCUCCUCCGCCCUGAUCAAACCGGUCCAGAGAAUCACCAAGUACCAGCUGCUACUCAAGGAGCUGCUGGCGUGCUGUGAGGAGGGCAAAGGAGAGAUCAAGGAGGGCCUGGACGUCAUGCUCAGCGUCCCCAAGAGAGCUAACGAUGCUAUGCAUGUUAGCAUGCUUGAAGGGCUGGAGGAGGGUGUGGAGGUGCAGGGGGAGCUACUCCUUCAGGACUCCUUCCAGGUCUGGGAACCAAAGUCUCUGAUCAGGAAGGGGCGGGACCGACACCUGUUCCUGUUUGAGCUGUCACUCAUCUUCAGCAAGGAGAUCAAAGACUCGUGCGGGAGAACGAAAUACAUUUACAAGAGCAGACUGAGGACCUCAGAGCUGGGGGUGACGGAGCACAUCGAGGGAGACCCCUGUAAGCUGGCCCUGUGGGUGGGCCGCACGCCCACCUCUGACAACAAGACGGUCCUGAAGGCGGCGUCCCUGGAGCUGAAGCAGGAGUGGGUCCGCAGCGUGCGUCAGGUGAUCCAGGAGAGGCGGGGCCACCUGAGGGGGGCUCUGAGGGAGCCCAUCCCCCUCCCCAAGACCCCGGGGCCCCCCCUCACCAGGCAGCGCAACCGCAGGGACACCAGUGAGGACGCUGACUCUCUGGGCGACGCCAGUAGCCAACCAGACAGCGUCUCGAUCGCCUCCAGAACCUCUCAGAACAGCGACAAGCUGUCUGGAGGCUGUGAGCUGGUGGUGGUGCUGCUGGACGUCUCUGCGGGCGGAGUCGGGGAGCUCAGCGUCCGUUGCGGUCAGACGGUGGAGCUGGUGGAGCGGAGCUCCGAGCGCCCCGGGUGGUGUCUGGCCCGGACCACCGACCCCUCGCCCCCACAGGAGGGCCUGGUGCCCCUCAGCGCCCUCUGUCUGUCUCACUCCCACAGUGCAGCCGACAUGGACGCCCUGCUGCCCCCCUCCUCCUCCACCGAGGCUACCUCUCUCUCUAGCUCAGAGGGUUGUGCUGUGAUCCAGGCCGGACCUCCAGCUGCUGUGGUGAGUGGCGGCGCUGCACCAACAGGGGGCAGCACCGCCUCCCCGGGCCCCAAACGCAGCGGCAGCAGCAGCUCUGGGACAGGAAACACACUGAAGCGGUGGCUGACCAGUCCGGUGCGCAGGUUGAGUCAGGGUAAGGCUGAUGCCCAAAAGAAACCACCAAUCAGCUCGCGGAGGAGGGACCACAGACCAGAACUGACCACGCCCCUCACAGCAACCACCAACUCGGGUCGGCGUGACGAUUCGGUCCAGAGUGGAGGAGAGGAGGAGCAGGAGGAGCAGGAGGAGGACCCUAGCACCGCCCUCCCGCCCCCCAUGGAGAUCAUCAAGGACCCAAACACUCCUCAGGCUCUAGAAUCGGACCAGAGUUCCAACGAGUCGGACACUGAGCAGCGGAACAAGGCCAUGAGAGGACGCAUGUUUGUGGUCAGUGAGCUUGUCCAAUCAGAAAAGGACUAUGUGAAAGAUCUGGGUGUGAUCGUUGAGGGGUUUAUGUCCCGUCUCGAGGUUAGGGGAACCCCAGAGAGCAUGAGAGGGAAAGACAAGAUCGUGUUUGGAAACGUCCAUCAGAUCUACGACUGGCACCGAGAUUUCUUCCAGGUGGAGUUGGAACGUUGUCUCCAGGAUCAAGACCUGCUGGCCGAACUGUUCAUUAAACAUGAACGUCGUCUUCACAUGUACGUGGUUUACUGCCAGAAUAAGCCACACUCUGAGUUCGUCGUUAUCCAAUACGAAAGCUUCUUUGAGGUAUGAUGUCACUUCCUGUCACCAAAAUAGAUAUUCAUCAAAACCGAGCAGAAUGUAUUCAUACCAUAAUCUUCUGCCUAUCUGUCUGCCUGUC